AUGAAGUUGACGUUUUACCCCGCGCAGAACCCCAAUAAAUCCGGUGUUCUUGUCGUUCCUGGUGGAGGGUACGGCUAUGUGUCGCUCGGUAACGAAGGAAGCCCACCUGCAGAAUGGCUGAAUCAGCGCGGUUUCGAUGCUUGGGUCCUCGAGUAUACUGUGGCCUGCGACGAGACGCCUGCACCCAUAUACCCAGCGCCGCUUAACGAGGCUUUGGAUGCCGUACGGCAGAUCCGCGCUGAGGGCCGCGUUGUCAAGCUCGGCAUCUGGGGCUGGUCUGCAGGAGGCCACCUAAGCGCUAUCACUGUUACGAACGCUGAGGCGCAUCUAGACUUUGCUAUUCUGGCGUAUCCCGUCAUAUCCAUGCAGCCGGGUACGACCCACCCCGGGUCGCUGCACAACUUGCUGGGCCACGAUGCCGGCGACGAGUUGCGCGGGUCGAUGUGCGCCGAAAGGCGCGUGACUAAACAUACGCCUCCGGUCUUCUUGUUUCAUACUGGCAACGAUGCCGCGGUCCCGGUCCAGAACUCGCUGCUCUUCGCUUCAGCCAUGGCUAAUCAUGGCUGUGCCUUCGAGGUCUUAAUCCUCCCCGAUGGGCCUCAUGGCGUUGGCCUUGCCCUGGAUGAUCCCAAGUUGACUUGGACAGGGGAGCUGGACCGCUGGAUUAGGACAUUCAUCGUUGCGCCCUGA